UUCAAGCAAAUUUACUAAACACUGUCUGGCCCACACUUAUGCUUUCAUCCGGUCCACGUACCACCAAGGAACGAUGCUGAUGGCUUUGUUAGGAACAAGGCACAUAUCUAGUUAGGAGCAUGUGGUGUAAGAGAAUUUUGGAGCCGUCUCUUCCUGGAGAACUGGAGGUCAUGCGUUUCACUUCCCCUUUCACUCGGCUGAGCUACCAGUUCCAAAACUGCUCCUGCACUGACAGAUAGAGAAACACAGAGCGAGAGAGUCCACACAUCACUUCAUUACAACAAAACAAGGCUUAAUUCAAUUUAGGCCCCAUCAGGAAGCCAACCCCUCAGUCAUGUGGAUCCAGCCUGUGCUGCUGAUAAACACACAACUCUUUCAGAGCUUCCCAAAACCCGACUCAGACACCACCUAACCCAGCAGCAGAGGAGCAGGAGUACAGCUAGCGGUCAUAUGAUCAGAGGCCAGAGUGGACAUGGUGACCCUGUGGUGCGUGCUGACUCUGCUGGCCUUGCUGUCUCCGGAGGCAUUUGGAACUAAUGCUGGAGUUAAAGUGAAAGUGACUCAAAAGGGCUUAGAAUAUGGUCGCCAAAUCGGGAUUGCCGCCCUGCAGGAGAAGUUCAAAACCAUCAAGAUCCCAGACCUGAGCGGGUCAAAGAGUGUGUCUCCUAUCGGCAAAGUCUCGUACAGUCUGACCGGGAUACAGAUUUUAAAUCUGGGGCUGCCUGAGUCUAAGCUGGGGUUGGUACCUGGUACUGGAGUCAGCCUGUCCAUCGCCAAUGCCUUCAUCAACCUGCACGGCAACUGGAGGGUAAAAUACCUGCGGAUAAUAAAGGACAGCGGCUCCUUUGAUCUGGCUGUGAGCGGACUGACCAUCUCCACCACCAUCGCUGUUAAGAGUGACGACACAGGCCGGCCGGCGGUCAGCGGGGUCAACUGUGCAGCCACUGUCGGCCAAGCCAGGGUCAAAUUUCAUGGCGGUGCCAGCUGGCUGUAUAAUCUGUUUAGUGACUACAUUGACAAGGCUCUGCGCAGUGCCCUGCAGAAACAGAUCUGUCCUCUGGUGUCUGAUGCCAUAAAUGAAAUGAACCCCCGCCUGAAAACAUUAAAUGUUUUAGCACAAGUUGACAAGUAUGCUGAGAUUGAAUAUUCCAUGGUGGAGUCACCUGCCGUGUCUAACUCCAGCAUUGAUCUCAGUUUAAAGGGUGAAUUCUACAAUAUUGGACAGCAUAAGGAGCCUCCUUUCUCCCCCUCCCCAUUCUCCCUGCCCCCUCAGGACAGUAAUAUGCUGUACAUCGGACUCUCCGCCUUCACCCCCAACUCAGCCGGCUUCGUUUACAACAGCGCCGGAGCCCUCAGCCUCUACAUCACCGACGACAUGAUACCUCCAAGUUCUCCCAUUCGACUCAACACAAGGACGUUCGGAGCCUUCAUUCCUCAAAUUGCUAAGCUGUAUCCAGGUCUGAUGAUGAAGCUCCUGGUGAAGACAGCGAAGGAGCCAACCAUCAUAUUCAAGCCCAACUACGUGACUCUGCAAGUGAACAGCACGGUCACGGCUUACGCUAUUCAGCCCAACACCACGCUGUCUCCUCUCUUCAUCCUCAACGUGGACGCCAGCGUGAGCGCCAAGAUUUAUGUGACUGGAAUUAAAGUGGCCGGAGCUCUGACCCUUAAUCAAAUUGACAUGACCUUGGGAACCAGCUAUGUGGGACCAUUCCAGGUCAAAUCACUUGACAACAUCUUCCUAAUGGUACUGAAAGUCGCAGUCAUCCCCAAGGUUAAUGCCCGCCUUCAGCAAGGUUAUCCUCUGCCUGCCAUCGGAAAGAUGAAUCUGGUGAACACUCAGCUUCAGAUUCUGAAGGACUACAUGUUGAUCGGGACAGACGUUCAGUUCACAUGAUGAGCCAUACUUCAUGCCCACAACUGUUAAAUUAGUGUAUUAAUUUCUCUAAUGACAUUCCCAAUGAAUAUAAAGAAAUGAUUUUCAAAUGAAGGAAAUCUGUUCAGACAGAUCAUUUAAUAGCACUGUUAUAAUACAAGGUCUAUGUAAGAUUUCAAAU